AUGUCCGAGUUCAACGGCCGUCGGGCCCCCAACUUCUCUCAAUAUCUCGAUGAUCUGAAUGCCAUUCCUUCGCCGUACGAUCAGGCCCUUCAGCAGCAACAUCAGGAUUCAUACAACCUCGAAAAUGAACUCUCGCUUUUUACCAAUGCCGAAUUCUUUGAUUUCGACAAGUUUGCCGAUCUGAAUCUGCCCAACUUUGACCAGCUGGAGGACAACACAGUCAAGAAGGAAACCGCGCAAGACACCAGCUCUGACAUGGACUUUCUGAAUCUUUUGGGAGAAGGCUUCGGCAACGUCAACGAUAUUUCCUCUACCAUGAACUCCAUCAACACCCAACCUUUGCCGGUUCAGAACACACAGUACUCUGCCGUUCCGUCCCUGCCCAACGGUCCCCUCAACAUCAACCCUGCUCCUAGCCAAGCGGCUUCUCAGCCCUCCCCGCAGUCCUCGAUCACAUCCCCGCCGUCUGCGGCUGCCACCCCCGCCCCGGCUACCACCGCCCCGGCAGCAGGACCUAAGCGCAAGAACACUCAAAAGACCCCAGCCAUGAGCGUAGAGGAGGCCGCGCGCGUUGCCGCCGAAGAAGACAAGCGUCGCCGGAACACCGCCGCGAGUGCCCGCUUCCGCGUGAAGAAGAAGAUGCGUGAGCAAGCUCUCGAGAAGACCGUCAAGGAGACCACCGAGAAGAACACUGCGCUGGAGGCUCGCGUCACGGCCCUGGAGCUGGAAAACCAGUGGCUCAAGAACCUGAUCACCGAGAAGAACGGACAAACCUCUGAAGAGGCCAAGAAGUCGGAGAGCGACAUCGCCGCCAUGUUCAAGAAGUUCCUGGCUUCUCAACAGCAGAAGGAGACCGAACGGAGUAGUUCUGAGUCCAAGAUCGGCGUGGGCACUGCCUAA